ACCUACAAACUUUGCCGAGUCCUUAAAUUGUUAAACUGUCCCUACACACAUUUAAAGAUGGGUAGGGAGGACAAGAAAACAUGGAAAUCCAAUUACUUUACCAAACUUGUGCAAUUAUUGGAUGACUAUCCCAAAUGUUUCAUUGUGGGUGCUGACAAUGUUGGCUCUAAACAAAUGCAACAAAUUCGCAUGUCCCUUCGUGGGAAUGCUGUUGUGCUAAUGGGAAAAAAUACUAUGAUGAGAAAAGCAAUCCGUGGUCAUAUUGAACGUAAUGCAGCUCUUGAGAAACUUCUUCCACAUAUUCGUGGAAAUGUUGGUUUUGUCUUUACUAGAGGAGAUUUAAUUGAAGUAAGGGACAAGCUUUUGGAAAAUAAGGUCCAAGCACCAGCUAGAGCAGGUGCUAUUAAAACAUCAUUCUUUCAGGCUUUAAGCAUCCCUACUAAAAUUUCCAAGGGUACUAUUGAAAUUACUAAUGAUGUACACAUUUUAAAACCAGGUGACAAAGUGGGUGCAUCUGAAGCUACUCUUUUAAAUAUGUUGAAUAUUUCUCCAUUCUCAUAUGGUUUAAUUGUUGAACAAGUUUAUGAUUCUGGUACUAUUUUUGCUCCCGAAAUAUUGGAUAUCAAACCGGAAGAUCUCCGUGAAAAAUUCUUGGCUGGAGUAGCAAACUUAGCUUCAGUCUGCUUGGUCAUUGGUUAUCCUACGAUAGCUAGUGUUCCUCACAGCAUUGCUAAUGGCUUUCAGAAUCUAUUGGCUAUUGCUGCUGUUACUGAUGUUGAUUUCCCACAAGCAGCAACAAUUAAGGAAUAUAUCAAAGAUCCAAGUAAGUUUGUUACCGCUGUUGCUGUUGCUGCACCCGCUGUAGCUGCAGUAGAAACACCUGCUGCAGAAAAGAAGGAAGAAAAGAAAGAAGAAUCUGAAUCAGAUGACGAGGAUAUGGGAUUCGGUUUGUUCGAUUAAAAUUCAUGUGUAUGUUCAUAUAU